AGCUUCACGGUAAGAACAUCUUGUUCAGUGAUGGUUACAUACUGAAGGAGGACAUCGGCAUGGGCUCUUUCUCUGUCUGCAAACGCUGCAUACACAAAGCAACCAACACAGAGUAUGCAGUGAAGGUGAUUGAUAAAACAAACACUGACCCAUCAGAAGAGAUUGAGAUCCUGCUGAGAUACGGCCAGCACCCCAACAUCAUCACUCUCAAAGAUGUGUAUGAUAAUGGGAAGCAGGUGUACCUGGUCACUGAGCUGAUGCGAGGAGGUGAACUGCUGGACAGAAUCCUCAAGCAGAAGUUUUUCUCAGAGAGAGAGGCUAGUGCUGUGCUGCACACUAUCACAAAGACUGUGGAAUACCUGCACUCUCAAGGGGUUGUGCACAGGGACCUGAAGCCCAGUAAUAUUCUGUAUGUCGAUGAGUCUGGAAAUCCAGAAUCUCUACGCAUCUGUGAUUUUGGGUUUGCCAAACAGCUCCGGGCAGACAAUGGCCUUCUCAUGACACCCUGCUAUACUGCCAACUUUGUAGCACCCGAGGUACUGAAAAGACAGGGCUAUGAUGAGGGCUGUGACAUUUGGAGUCUUGGAGUAUUACUAUACACUAUGAUUGCUGGUUUUACACCAUUUGCCAAUGGACCAGAAGACACUCCAGAAGAAAUUCUGAGUCGGAUAGGGAGCGGACACUUUACUCUGACGGGAGGCAACUGGGACGCAGUGUCUGAUGCUGCCAAAGAUUUGGUCUCCAAGAUGCUCCAUGUGGACCCUCACCAGCGGCUCACAGCCAAGCAGGUCCUGAAGCAUCUGUGGAUCAUUCAGAGAGACAAACUUCCCAACAGCCAGCUACAACAUCAAGAUGCCAAGCUUGUCAAGGGGGCGAUGGCUGCCACAUACUCUGCACUGAAGAGUUCCCAACCACCCCCUGAGCUGAAGUCCAUCGAGUCCUCAUUCCUGGCACAGAGACGGGUGAAAAAGCUUCCUUCCACAUCUCUGUAGAGAACGAGGGAAGGAGAAUUGGAGAAGGACUCCAGACUGAAUGCAGUUGUGGAAAGGAUCGAUGGAUGAAAGACCACACUGAAGCUCUACAGACUAAAGACAGUCUCUUGAACCUGCCCAUGACAUCAGCACUGCAGUGGAGCUCUCAAGCAUGCUAGGUAAGGGAGGUGAUUGGCUGAUGAAGUUUGAGGGGCGUGGCCAGUGAGGGUUCCGUUCUCCCUUAGAAGUAGGGGUGUGUGUGUGUGUGAGAGUGUCUGUGAGUCUGUGUGUGAAAGAGAUUUUAAAAAACCGGGUAACGGAUACUGUUAUUAAAUAGAUGAUAUUCCCAGUGCAUUUAUGUCUUGGUACUGUAAUACCUAAAUAUCAACACUGCCGAGG